AUGCGAGGGUGUCAGGCACAAUCAGCGGAAGCAUGGGAAGAGCUAGCGGACGAACUGGCCAAAGAAAAUGACCAAGAAAGAAUGCGCGUCCUGGCUGCAGAGAUGAAGGCGCAGACCCAGGCUGCAGAGAUGAAGGCGCAGACCCAAGAGAUGAAGGUGCAGAUGCUGGAGGAGAAGAUGAAGGCUGUGACCAAGGAUCUUGCGGCCAUAAAGGGGGAACUGACUGCCCGCGCCAUGCUUCAGCGCGCCGUGGGCAAAAUCAGGCAGGAGGACUCGGUUUUUGGGAGCACAUCGUCAAUCCUACACGGGUUGUCGAAUCACUCAGGCGAUAUGGCGAACUUCUUGAUCCGUUCUGUUCAGGAGUGCACGCCUCCAGGCACCAUUCCUGGCGUGUUCUUGAAGGACAUAUUCAAGCAACUGUCAGGUCAAGUCCAUUACCCUCGGUGGUACGGACCUGGCAUCAGAGCGAGCCGCUCCCUCAAUGCAGCGCAGAUCUGCGUUCUUCAGAAGCUCGCCCAGCAGGAAGGCUUCUUGCUCAUCACAGACGAUGACGAGGAUGACUCAGAGGACAUCUGA